GGGGCGGGAGAGGGAGCAUGGCGGCCCGGGUCUGAGGUAGCGCCUCAGCGGGCUUGCCUCACAGGCCUUCUUCCCUCACAGGCCCUGAGCGGCUUCCCCCACUCGUCUCGCCCGUGCCUUUCCCGAUACUUUUCUCUUCUCUUUGCCUCCCCUCAGGUCCCUCGGCGUUCACCGCCCCCUCCCCUCCCCCUCGGCCCCACUCAAAGGGGAAACGUGGGGUCGGUAGGUUGAGAAGGAAGCCCAUGAGACCCCCACAGGCGCCCAGAAAGCCAGUCUUUGAGUCUUAACGCUAUCCAGCCCGCGCGGGGCGACAGGACACGGCACCCAGCAUGGGGACAUCAAGCUCCAGCCUUCCCUGUGUGUCUCUCUAAUGUUGAAUGUAGACUCUAGGAAGGAUCCGAUCCUCAUUCUCUUGGAGCCUUCCCUGCCAGGCUGAAAUAUUGUGAGCUAGAGUGAAGGAGAAAUCUAGGAAGAUGAGCUCUAGCAUAACCAUGAGUGAACCGAGACUGAACUGGGAUGUUACACCCAAAAAUGGCCUUAAGGCAUUUUUCUCUCCAGAAAAUUACAAAGAUCAUUCCAUGGCUCCAAGCUUAAAAGAACUCUAUAUUUUGUCUAACAGACGUAUAGGAGAAAAUUUGAAUGUCUCAGCAAGUUCUGUAGAAAAUGAGCCUGCAGUUAGUUCAGCAACUCAAGCAAAGGAAAAAGUUGGGAUGAUUCUCCUUCCAAAACCAAGAGUUCCUUAUCCUCGUUUCUCUCGGUUCUCACAAAGAGAGCAGAGGGCUUAUGUGGAUUUGUUGGCUAAAUAUGCGAAGAUCCCCUCAAGUUCCAAAGCUGUUGGAACAAAUACAAAUGAAUUCCUGCAGUAUUUGGAUAUGAAAAAACAUGUGAAUGAAGAAGUUAAUGAAUUCCUAAAGUUUUUGCAGAAUUCUGCAAAGAAAUGUGCACAGGAUUAUAAUAUGCUCUCUGAUGAGGCCCGUCUCUUCACAGAGCAAAUGCUAAGAGCUUGUAUUGAACAAGUGAAGAAGUACCCAGAAUUUUAUACUCUCCACGAAGUCACCAGCCUAAUGGGAUUCUUUCCUUUCAAAAUAGAGAUGGGAUUGAAGUUAGAAAAGACUCUUCUUGUUUUGGGCAGUGCAAAGUUUGUAAAAACAGCAUUUCCCUCGAUGCCUGUGAAGUUACAGCUUUCAAAAGAUGACAUGUCUUCCAUUGAGACCCCACAGCAGAAAGCUGAAGCUCUGCACUAUGAUAUUAGUAAAGACCCGAAUGCAGAGAAGCUUGUUUCAAGAUACCAUCCGCAGAUAGCUCUGACUAGCCAAGCAUUAUUCACCUUGCUCAAUAACCAUGGACCAAGCUACAAGGAGCAGUGGGAAAUCCCAGUGUGUGUUCAGAUGAUAGCUGUGGAAGGUUCCAAACCAGUUAAAGUAAUUUAUAUUAAUUCACCACUUCCCCGAAAGCAAAUGACAAUGAGAGAAAGAAAUCAAAUCUUCCAUGAAGUUCCAUUAAAACAUGUGAUAUCAAAAAACACAUCUGUCCCAGUCUCUGCAGUCUUUAUGGACAAACCUGAAGAGUACACCUCUGAGAUGGACAUAUCCACUGAAACUAAUGAGUGCCGAAAAAUUGAGACUCUGGAAAAUUUGGAUCUGGAUUUUGAUGAUGAUGUCACAGAACUUGAAACCUUUGGAGUAACUACCACUAGUCCAUCCAGGUCACCAAGUUCAGAAAGUGACUCCCCUGUACCCAUCUUGACAGAUGUCCACACAGCCUCCAAAGUAGCAACUGCACCUGUGGCACCACCUGUACCUGUGGCACCACCUGCACCUGUGGCACCACCUGCACCUGUGGCACCACCUACACCUGUGGCACCACCUACACCUGUGGCACCACCUACACCUGUGGCACCACCUACACCAAGCAUUACUAAUGAUUCUAGAAGCCUAUGUCAGAUUCUAAUGAAACAAUUACAGAAGGAGAAACAGCUCUUCUCUGGUGUGGAAAAUGGUCCUAAAGAGUUCAAAAAUAAAGAUGAUCAGGGACUUGAAUCAUGUGGUGAAGAGGUUCGCAGUGCAAAAUCUUUGACACAAGAUAAUGAACCCCACAAAACAUCUGAUGGGAUCUCUAAGGAAAUUGAUGUAGAUAUGCUGUAUACCAAUGAUGAAGGACCAGGUGUUCAGGGGAACGCAGACAAUGCCAACAAAACAGCUACUGAAUCAGAAAUGACUAAAACUGAGAAAGGGAUUUCCUGCGGGAGUGAUACAGAUGAGGACUGUUUAAUCAUUGAUACAGAGAGUAAAAGUAAUAGUGAUGGAAAGACAGCUGACGUGGGGUCUAGACCAGCAAGUCCAAAUUCUUCAGCACAGACUUCUGUGGGAAACCAAACCACUACUACUGUUUCUGAAGAAUCUUGUGUUUUAAAGAAACCUAUCAAAAGAGUCUAUAAAAAAUUUGAUCCAGUUGGAGAAAUUCUAAAAAUGCAGGAUGAGCUUUUAAAGCCAGUUUCCAGGAAAGUGCCUGAGUUGCCCUUGAUUAAUUUAGAAGAAUCUAAACAGCCAUCUGCCUCUGAGCAACCCUCCGUUACUUCAGAUGCCUCAAGCUGGCCAAAAUCUAGUUGGACUUCUGCAUUUCAGAAGCCUAAAGGACGAUUGCCAUAUGAACUCCAAGACUAUGUUGAAGAUACAUCAGAAUAUAUAGCUCCUCAAGAAGGAAAUUUUGUCUACAAGUUGUUCAGCCUGCAAGACCUGCUGUUACUUGUGCGGUGCAGUGUCCAGAGGAUAGAGACAAGACCACGGUCCAGAAAACGGAAGAAGAUCAGAAGACAAUUUCCAGUUUACGUGCUACCAAAAGUAGAAUAUCAAGGUUGUUAUGGAGUUGAAGCUCUGACUGAAAGCGAGCUCUGUCGCUUCUGGACUGAAAGUUUAUUGCAUUCCAACUGCUCGUUUUAUGUUGGGCAUAUUGAUGCAUUUACUUCAAAGCUUUUCAUGCUAGAAGAAAUUACCUCAGAAGAAUUAAAAGAAAAACUUGCAGCACUCAAGAUUUCAAGUUUAUUUAACAUUCUCCAACACAUUCUAAAGAAAUUGUGUAGCUUGCAGGAUGGGUCCUACUUGCUAUCUCACGCAGCAGAAGACUCUUCGCUCCUGAUCUACAAGACCUCAGAUGGAAAAGUUACUAGAACAGCAUAUAAUCUGCAUAAGGCGCAUUGUGACCUUCCUGGUGUACCUUCCAGUCUCUCGGUUCCUUGGGUUCCAUUAGAUCCCAGCUACCUGUUACCAUAUCACAUCCAUCAUGGACGAAUACCUUGUACUUUUCCGCCUAAAUCACUGCGCCCUGCAGCACAACCAAAGGUUGGUGGGACAAAAAUGCCUCUCCGUAGCCACAGGAAUCCAGUUUCCAUGGAAACCAAAAGCAGUUGCCUGCCUGUUCAGCAAGAUGAAAAUGAAGGAGUGGCUCAGAAUAAAAGGAAAAUAACCUAAGGACUGGACCAUGGAAAAUGAAGUUUCAGAAAAACCACUUGUACCAGUGUUUAACAUUGAACUUUGAGGGGAAACAGGCCCUAAAAAGCAGCUAGCAAAAAGAGUGUUUCCCCUUGCUAUCCUGGAGUUCUUACAAAGUGCCUUGGAAACCUACUGACUGUGGGAAGGGCAGUGCCAGCAGAAGUUAGUGUCCCUCCUCACUUCUGCGUGGAGAAAGACAAAUAUUUUUAUAGUACUCUUUUCUAAAGAUCACAGAUAGGAAACCCACUUGGUGUUUUAGAAAGUGUCAUGUGUUAUGUUAGUAAUUGGAUUGUAUUGCUAGUCUAAUGAGACUGGCCCAAACGGUUAAACGUGGCCACUGUAGAAAUAGCUGUGUGCGUUCUUCAUGGCCCAUUUUUGUCAGUAUCAACACUACUAUUGAUGUGUUCGAAAACCUGUUGAAAUUCCAUUGUGGACACCAGAAGUGAAAACAAGGAAGAUCCCUGUUUCUGAAAAGUGGCAAAUGAAUAUUUUCUUCUAGGCAAGCACACAUGUGUUUUAUAAAACACUAGCAUUCUGUGGUGUGACAGCUUUAGUGACAGUGCCUCUACAACUUUGCAAAAUUCCAUCUGAGUGUGGUGAACCACUGCCGAAAGCCAAGACAACAUGAGCAUGCAGGCAUUCCGGGAACAAAGCUGGAGCAUUCCAUCAGGCAUGGCUAAGGUGCCAUUAAGCCUAGGAUUUUCUUAUUUAUUUUUCUCAUCCUGAUUCAUUCAGAAAGCAGCAUCAGCAGUGGGUUGGCCAGUUUGGAUGUGAGGGGACAGAACUGUUCACUUUUUGUUACCUAUUUUUUAAUAAACACUAAAGGUAUCAGAAAUGUGUUUGCAAUCUCAGAAUUGUAGUCCAAAAGCAAUUUUCAUGUUGUUUUGGGGCAGUGUGUGCAUGUGUGUGUCUGUGUGUGUUCCAUGGAAAUUAUACCCAAAAAUCAGGGUCUAGAGAAAGGGCUAUUGCAGAGGACCAGAUUUGAUUCCCAAUCACAUGGCUGCCCACAACCAUCUAUAACUCCAGUUCCACAGGAUCAGAUGACCUAUUCUGGCCUCCUUGGGCACUUCAUGUAUGUGGUAUACAUACAUACAUUUUGAUAAAACAUUCAUGCCCAUAAAAUAAAAUUCUCUUAAUGAAAAGAAAGACUCAAAUCCUCUAAAGUAUUUUAAGCUGAAAUUUUUUAUCUUCUAUCAAGUUUUGUUUUGAAUUGAUUUUUCUGAGGAGUUGGUUGCCUAAAUUAUUAGUACAUAUUACUAUAUGGAUUUUUUGUUUUGUUGUUUUGUUUUGUUUGAGACAGAGUCUGUACAUAGCUCUGGCUGUCCUAUAACACAGAAAUCACCUGCCCCUGCCCCCUGAGUGCUGGGAUUAAAGAUGUGUGCCGCCAUGUCCAGCUACUGUAUGGAUUUUAAUGUAUCAUUUCCUUAGCCUGCUACUCUCCUUUUAAAAGACUUAACUUUCCUCCAUAAACUUUGUCACUUAUGCACAUACUCAGAAAUAUUUUAGUUUUGACUCAUUUGGCAUUCAGCCUGGGAAUGUGGGGUAGGGGAUCCCUUUGGAAUUAGCUCUUUUCCAAAGCUAGACAGUGUUUGCUACAGUCUGAAUGUUGAAGACUGCCUUGGCCUCAUCUUUUUAAUUAUCAAACCUGGGAACAGUUCUGAUCACAUAGAGCUGGUUUUCCUCUGUACUUAACAAACACAUAUUUGAUGUUGUCUUUUGUUCUUGAUUUUUAGCAUAAAGAAUUUGUAAGCAAGGUAGUGAUAUUGAUAAUAACUGUAGCAACGUU